UUUUUUUCUUCAUUCAGACGACACCGCUGUACACCUUUGCGCAGCGCAACGUUCCAAAAAGGUAACACAUUUCAGUCUCGAUAUUAUCCAGUCUCUCGAUUUUAUAUAUAAAAGAGAUUCGGUUCUCUACUCGAUAAUUUUUUCCCACGAAACUACAGCUGCUACAGCAAUCGCCCACAAUGCCCAAGUCAAGGCGCGAGAGAACCUACCACCUUACCAAGGUCGCCAAGAAGAACCGUGAGCAAAAGGACCAGCUUUUCCAGAACAUCCGCGAUGCCGUCCCCGAGUUCCAGCACUGCUUUGUCUUCAGCAUAGACAACAUGCGCAACAACUACCUCAAAGAUGUCCGCCGCGAGCUCUCCGACAGCCGUAUCUUCUUUGGCAAGACUAAGCUCACAGCCAAGGCUCUUGGCCAAACCCCCGAAGAGGCCAUUGCCCCCGGCAUCGAGCGCCUCAACCGCUACCUGACUGGCAACGUCGGCCUGAUCCUCACCAACCGAUCUGUUGAGGACAUCCAGGAAUACUUCAACAACCUCUCUCUCGUUGACUUUGCCCGCGCCGGCGUUGUUGCCACCCGCACCUUCAAGAUCCCCUCUGGCGUUAUCUACUCGACCGCCGGCGAGGUCCCCGCUGAGAACGACGUCCCCAUUGAGCACACCCUUGAGCCUGAGCUGCGCAGACUCAACGUCCCCGUCCGCAUGGUCAAGGGCAAGGUUGUUUUGGGUGAUGAGGACGGCGAGGGCGAGGACUAUACCGUCUGCAAGGAAGGCGAUGUUCUUGACUCCAGACAGACCAGACUCCUCAAGAUGUUCAGUGUCUGCCUGAGCGAGUUCAAGGUCCAGCUUGUUGCUUACUGGAGCUCCUCCUCCACCGAAGUCACCGAGCUUGACGGCUCGUCUAUGGACGGUGUUGAGGCUGAGGAGUAAGAGCGCCGCUGCGACACCUAUUUGACGACCAGAAAAGUAUAAGAUAAAAUCAUUUUGAUAAAAUGGAUUGAAACAAAACGGCAUUCUCAAAAAAUCUAUUUUGGCGUUGGUAUCGGUUGGGAUAUACAUGUUGUGUUGUACAUAGAGAGGUGGCCAGUUGGCUCUUCCUUAGAUUGCACUGUUUUUGAAAUACAUGACCAACACACAUCUACUUUGAACAUAUCUUGCUUUUUAUUUAAGGAUACCCUUUUUGUGCUAAACGUGGCCACUGUGAAAUAAAGAGCUCUGCUGGUGGUAGAUAUGUCUGACCUUACCUCAAAUCCUAUGAUAUGAGUCGCUAACAAGCAUACGUCCUUUCCCAUCAUCAAAUUACUUACUCCGCCUUUUCGAAAUCAAUAACACCUUAUAAAAUACAUAGAAAAACCAAAGAGGUGGUGCUGCCACAGAAACAGCCAGUGGCUACAAGUCGGCUGUUUACCAUAAGCUUCCUCUUGAAGAAGACGAUUGGUUCAAACCUGUGUGCAGCAACAGCUGCUAGCCUUACCAAAGCCUACCCCAUGGCAACAGGAAGCCAUGGUGGCAAGUGGUGCAAGGAGAGUUGGUGGCUACGGAAGAAGAGCUUAGUAGCGUCGAAGCUUUCUGGGGUCCUCAUAGCCACCUCCUUCGUACCCGCGCUUACGGCUGUCGUCAUCUCUCGGUCUGUCGUAGUCGCGAUCUCUGUCCCGGUGUUGGUCACGGUCUCGAUGCUGGUCACGAUCACGAUCACGCUCCCUAUCGCGAUCCCGAUACCCACCAUCCCGGGCGCCAAUAGGCUCCAUGUUGCCACCAGUACGACGACCACCGUCACGGUCACCACCAUGGCGAGGGGGACCACCGUGGCGAGAACCACCAUCACGUCCGCCAUCACGUCCACCAUCGCGGAAUCUAUCCGGGCGAUCAUCGAAACGGCCUCCGCUACGGGAGUCAAAUCCACGGUCGCCAUUGCGUCGGUCGUAGCCACCAGGACCCGACGGAGCACCGCCAGGAGGACCGUGUCCGUUGCGGUCACCUCCGCGGGGGCCGCCAAAAUCUCUAUCACCACCACGGAAGCCACCACCUCCUCGGCCUCCACGGAAACCUCCACGACCACGACCACCCUCAAAGCCGCCACGGAAACCGCCGCCGCGGAAACCACCACCGCCGCCGGGUGCACUUGGACGUGCAGGCAUGGCACGGGUGUAUCCACGGCCACCGAGUCCUCCUCCUAGGCGGCGAGGCUUCCAGCCCUUGACGGUUCUGCCACGCUCGACAUCCACCUUGAUUCGUCGAUCUUUGAUACGGAUGCCGUCGCAGGAAUCUAAUGCUGCUAUAUAUCGGGACGCCAUGAUGGCGCACUUGUUAGCAACUCUUACCAUCAGCAGGUUGGUUGUCGAUAGGAUAUGGGAGUGGCAGAGACUGGCAUUCUUGAUCGCCAUGGAUGUCCCGCCGAAUCACUCCGAGAUGGGCAAGCAUGAGGGCCACAUCUCUCAGAUAAUUCUUUUGGCAUGCCCUGUGCGAAAUUUUGGAAGGGGUUAAGGGGGGAAAUAGUUACCUCGCAUGUCUUUUUCUCGUUCGAAUACCACAAAGGCAUAGCCUCUAUGAGGCUUCUUCUUCUUAUUUGUCUUUUCGGGGGCGUGGGUAUCGACAACGAUUCGGAUCUGCAAUAGAGCACGUUAGCAACUUGUAUUUCAUCUCUUCAUUUCCAGUAGGAGAUACGAACACGUUCAAUGGCACCGAAUCUGCCAAAUUCCCGUUCUAGGUCGCGUUCAUCCGCAUCGUAGCUGAGACGAGCAACAACAAGAGUUUUGAACGGGUCGCCACGAAUGUUGGGGUCUUCGCUAGGUGUGUCUAGACGCAUCAGAUUAGCUUUUAUCUCAUUAGAACCAGUGAUGCAUUGCUGGCAGCAUACAAUACUUGGACAGGUUGUCUGCCAUGUCCUGUACAGCGGCCUUCUUCUCCUGCUUCUUUCGGUCAUCUGCUUCCAACCAACUUUCAGUUGGGGCAGCGAACUCUGUCUCCUUGUACUUUUGCAGCUCUGGCAAAAACGCAGCGACACCGGUAAAGUUGGCAGUCUUGCGCUUCUCGGGCGCGUAGUCUGGCCCUUCAACCCAUCGCAGUGGUGGCCGCGGCGCGAAGAGAGCUAGCAAAUUGGGGGGCAGCUUGUCGGUCAUUGUGUCGACGCAGAACUGCAAUAAUCAUCAAUUGCCGUGCUGUAGAAUCGGACUUUGCUCUUGUUGAUGCAAACCGGGUAGUUUCGAAGAGCGCAGCGGUGAUGCGCGACGAAACAAAUGCCCAGCGAACAAAGGUUGCCUGGAA